UCUGUCACUGUGGCGGAGAGAAAAAUGGAGCAGAAUCAGCUGGACCGAGAAACCUUCUCCUGUCCGAUCUGUCUGGAUCUACUGAAGGAUCCGGUGACUGCUACCUGUGGACACAGUUACUGUAUGAGUUGUAUUAAAACCCACUGGGAUGAAGAGGAUCAGAAACAAAUUCACAGCUGCCCUCAGUGCAGGGAGACAUUUACACCAAGGCCUGUGCUAAAGAAGAACACCAUACUAGCAGCUUUAGUGGAGCAGUUGACGAAGACUGGACUCCCAGCUGCGCCUGCUGACCACUGCUAUGCUGGACCUGAAGAUGUGGCCUGUAAUGUCUGCACUGGAAGAAAACUGAAAGCCAUCAAGUCCUGUUUUUUCUGUGUGGCCUCUUACUGUGAGAAACACCUUCAGCCACAUUAUGAUUCAGAUCCUUUAAAGAAACACAAGCUGGUGAAGCCGUUCAAGAACCUCCGGGAGAACAUCUGCUCUCAUCAUAACAAUGUGAUGAAGAUUUUCUGUCGUACAGAUCAGAAGUGUAUCUGUAGUCUCUGUUUAAUGGAGGAACAUAAAGGCCAUGACACAGUGUCAGCUACAGAAGAAAGGACUGAGAAGGAGAAGAAACUCCAGGAGAGACGAGAAAACAUCCAGCAGAGAAUCCAGGACCAGGAGAAAGAUGUGAAGCUUCUUCAACAGGAGGUGGAGGCCAUCAAUCGCUCUGCUGAUAAGGCAGUGGAGGACAGUGAGGAGACCUUCACUGAGCUGAUCCGUCUCCUCCAGAAAAGAAGCUCUGAUGUGAAGCAGCAGAUCAGAUCCCAGCAGGAAACUGAAGUGAGUCGAGUCAAAGAUGUUGAGGAGAAGCUGCAGCAGGAGAUCACUGAGCUGAAGAGGAAAGACGCUGAGCUGGAGCAGUUCUCACACACAGAGGAUCACAACCAGUUUCUCCUCAACUACCCCUCACUGCCAGCACUCAGUGAGUCUACAGGCUCAUCCAGCAUCAAGAUCCGUCCUCUGGGAUACUUUGAAAACGCGACAGCAGCUGUGUCAGAGCUCAAAGGUAAACUACAGCAAGUCCUGAGAGACACGUGGACAGACAUCUUACAUAGCCUUAACGAUGUGAAUGAUUUACUGUCAGAACCAGAACCAAAGAGCAGAGAAGGAUUCUUAAUAUAUGCAUGUGAAAUCACUCUGGAUCCAAACACAGUAUACAAAAAGCUGGUACUAUCAAAGGGGAACAGGAAGGUGAUGGUAAUAGGUAAUCAGUCCUAUUCCAGUCACCCAGACAGAUUCACUAAUCAGCCUCAGGUUCUGAGUAAAGAGAGUCUGACUGGACGCUGUUACUGGGAGGUGGAGCGCAGAGGGGUAGUUCAUCUAGCAGUCGCAUACAGAAACACCAGCAGAACAGGAAAUGAGUGUGAAUUUGGAAAUAAUAACAAAUCUUGGGCUUUAGAUGUUUUCAAUUCUAAAUUUGGUCAUGAUAGCAGUUGGACCCCCAUCUCAAUUUCUGGUUCUCUCAGAAUAGGAGUGUACCUGGAUCACACAGCAGGUAUUCUGUCCUUCUACAAUAUCUCCUCUAGAAAAGAAGGAGAUGCUGCAACCAUGGCUCUCAUCCACAGAGUGCAGACCACAUUCACCCAACCACUGUAUGUUGGAGUUUAUGUUGAGGGGUUUUUGGCUGGUUAUGAAGCCUCUGUAGAGUUCUGUAAACCCAGAUAGAUUUUCUCUCCGACUGUUAAACCAUGGUUCUUUGUUCUGAUGUCUCUGCCGUUCUGUAUUCAGUAUUUCUCUGGUUUACGUUUAGUUCUCUAAGUUCCAGGGCCCAUAAAAGAUAUCACAGCUGAUGUUUCCUUUCAUUCUCAUAUGACAGAUCUAUCUCUCAACAUCAAAAUAUAAAUAUAGUUUUGCUUUUCUACUUGUAUUGAUGUAUCUGGAUGAUCUGGUUUCUCUUCCAUUGACUUGUGAGGUACUUACUGUUGUUGAAAUAAGAAUAAAGUGAAUUUAACUUGC